CUCUGGUGACAGUUAGAACGUUGGGAUGUGGAAGUACCUUUAGCAAACAUGGAGGAGCUACUGUCCUUGAAGUGGAACAAUCAUCGCUCCACUUUUCUGCACAUUUUGGGAGUUCUCAGGGACAAGCAAUCAUAUACUGAUGUAACAAUUGCCUGCGAUGGCAAGUUCUACAGUGUACACAAGUUGGUGUUGUCUACUUGUAGUGAUUAUUUCUGUGCCAUGUUUGAGAAAACUGCUUGCAAGAGCCCAGUCAUAGUGUUGAAAGACAUCAAAAGUGGGGAACUAGAGGCCUUGCUAGACUAUAUGUACCUUGGUGAAGUGAAUGUGAGACAGAGUGACUUAGCGUCUUUAAUAAAGGCUGCAGAAAACCUUAGAAUAAAAGGACUUGCCGUACCUGAUGAUGAACCCCCUUCUAAAAAGGGUAGUGUUGGUGCUCCUAGUCGUAGAGAUGGUGGUUGUGGUAGUCCCCCCUCGAAAAGAAAACGUAGAGACGAAAGUGAGGAUGGUAGGGAGGAUGUUAGACCGCCUCCCAGUAUGUUACCUACUCCUCCUCCCCCUUCUAGACCAAAGAGCCCUAUAAACCAGCGGCUGAGCCCAUCCCCGCACAGAACUCAAGACUCUUCAUCUGAAGAACAUUCUAACCGUCCUCUUUCAUCACCUGCGGAGCCCUCUGCGUCCUCCCACUCUACAUCUCAAGCACCUCAGCCUUCAGGCAAUGAUCAGUAUUCAUCCGAUGAAACACUCGUUAAGGUUGAAAUGGAAGAUGAAGGGCCUGACCCUGAUGGCCAAGAGUACAAUGUCAAUGCUGAUGGUUACAAAGAGGAAGGUGAUAACUCUAGUGGUGCCGUCAACAAUGAUUUACCAGAGUUCCUACAGGCGGCGGCGUCUGGAACAUUGUCUAGUAGUACAAGUUUUUCACAUCCGUCAUUUGCCGGGCCAUCAAGUUACCAGCCUGUAAGUAAUAUCCUUGACUGGUGUGGUUGUUAUUGUGAUUAUUCAUGA